AGCCCUUAGUUUUAGAGCGACGCGUCCAUCCACCAAUCAGAUUCCUACUGGUGUCUUUAUGGCCGGCUGCUAAUCCGCUGAAUCUUAUCGUGGGGAGUUUCGACUUCGUUGUGGCGGCGAACAGAAGAAAGAGAGAACUUAACUGGAGCAACCAUGGUCAAGAUCUUCAUUGGGAACCUGUCUCAGGACACCGGGAAGGAAGACGUUGAAGCUCUGUUCACCCCGUAUGGCACAGUGACCGAAAGCGCCAAGUUUAAAAACUAUGCCUUCGUCCACAUGGACGACCGGAAGUCCGCCACCAAAGCCAUCCGCGAGCUCCAUCUCUUCAAGCUGGACGGGAGACCCAUCAACGUGGAGCCCAGCCGAGGGAAGAACCAGGGCCCCGUGAAGCUCCACGUCGCCAAUGUGGAGAAGGGCUUCGACGAUGAGCUCCGCGCGCUGUUUGAGGAGUACGGCACGGUCAAAGAGUGCGCCAUUGUCAAGAACUUUGCCUUCAUACACAUGGACAACUCUGACGAAGCCAUGGAUGCCAUAAAGGGCCUGGAUAACACCGAUUUUCAAGGAAAGCGCAUACACGUUCAGGUAUCAAAAAGCCGACCCAGAGGGGGACCCGAGGACGAGGAAUAUCCACCGCCGCCGGGCAGAGGGGGCUACUAUCCGCCUCAUUUCCCGGGGGACCGGCCCGAGCCGCCGUACGGAGAGCGCAUGCCGGGAUACCCUCCUCUGCCUCCGCCGCCCCCUCCCCCGAGACGAGCGCCGUACCCCGACCGUGGCUACGGCGAUGCAGACCCCUAUGGGAUGGUUGACUACUACGAGAAAUACAGAGCCCGUCCUUACAGCGUAGGGGGCUUUGAUGACCGGCGCCCCAGCUCCAACCCUCCUCCUCCGCCUCCUCCCUCGGCCCUGGUCAGGGAACGCCUCGGAAUGGGGGGCCCUAGCCCGUACGACCGGCCCCCUCCUGCGCCAUCCGCCUACAUGGCCAGAGACCGGAGCCCCAUCAGACGAGCCCCGCCUCCGCCUGCGAUGUCUGCUACGAACGGGUACCCCUACGAGAGGUCCCGGCUCUCCCCGCUGGCCAGGCCUCCGAUGUAUCCAGCGCCGAUGUUUGCAACUCCCCGCCCCAGGGACCCCUUCUCAGACGGGACGCAGCCACCCCCGCCACCGCCGCCCCCCCGAUAUGCGGGCUACUAGGCCCGCAGGAGCGCGUGUCAAGGUUUAGAAUAUGACAAGAUCGUCGUCUGCUGAUGUGCGUGGCGCUAUACAUCCCCCUCGUCUUUGGCGGAUUGCGUUGCGUUCGCCUGAGACUUACUGGAAGAUACUGUAUUGCAGACAGCCCCCAUACUUUAAAACCUAUGAUUCCAUGUCUACAGUUCACGUAUUUUUCUGAGCUGUUUAUGCUUCUUCUGUUACUCUUGCUUGUUUUACUAUUGAGAUACUAAUUUGUUUAGCAGGAAAGGUUGCUGUCUGAGGUGUAUUUCAGUGAGACGCAGUACUGUUAAUGGCAGAAAGCCCUCCGCUCCUUAAUCUUUCUAAUUCGAAAUGGACUCUGGUAAACUGUGACAUCAUUUCCAUAAUAAGGAAAGUCAUUCAAAAUUAAAAAAUAUAUACAUUUAGUCUUUGGUCAACCUCAAUUAUUCAGUGUAGUGGCAUGACGAAUCAAAAGUUUUGUUUUGUUCCUUUUUUUAAACUUUGUUCUUUUCUUGCGAAAAAAGAAUCUAGCACCAUUAUGUUUGGUUUUAUUUACUCUACACGUUGCUUUUCAUUUGAAGGGUUUUUAAUAAAAAAAUCAAACCAUACCCUCCGUUUUUAACUGUCAAAUCAUUCCUCGUUGGGCUACGCCUCUUUCGUCCGACUCGGCCGCCAUUCACCCGUCCAGAUGUGUACUUGGUAAUACCUGGGCAUUAAACCCUCCACACCCUUCACAGUUGUCCUUCUUUCACACGGUGGGGUGUGUUUGGUCAGCGUUUUGCGACUCCCAAAUGCUCUCAUUGUAACCUUCACCUGAGCAACCGAGCUUGUGCCGCAACGCGAGAGGGAGGCCGGGGGAUAAUUAAUCGGAGCAGCUGUUCGUGGACGUUGACGAAGGUUAAAUUCAUCACUAUUUGCCCCAGUGUUUGACGGUAGAAAGCGUAGAUUUAGAUCCUGACGUUUCCACGCCUGUCCAUCUGCUGCGGCGCGUCGCCCCCGACUCUCAUGGAGCUGCGUGUGUCCUUAGCAACCGUUGCCUGCCUUGUGCCAAGCCCAUCAGUUCAGGUCACGUUUCUGUCGUCUCGCGACAACUGCUCUCAAGUCAUUGAGUUGAAUCUUUUAUUUCUCUGUCAUUGAGUUCGCACUACACAGUCCCACAUGCAGCUCGUCUUUUAUUGUCAGCUGUACAAUUGUACCACAAAUUGUGUGCAGUGUUGGUGUUCUCAGUGUUUUUGCUCUUUGUAGGUUGUUAGACUGUUAGACUGCAGGAGAUGCCAGAUCGAUCAUGGUAAGUCCUCGGAGGAGGAAGAUGUGCAGCCUCAAGGAGAACAAAGGUAGGCAUCGUUUAAGCUUUUACAUUUAUACUUUCUAAUGGGACAAAUUGUCUCCUGACUCCCUCAUGUGUGUUUUUGCAUUCAUGCUGCAGUUUGAAUAUUUAUUUUAAAGAUCAGAAAAUUCAAAUGCACCAGAACCGGAUAAAAAGUCACAUUGUUAAUAAUGGAUCCUACGUAUGAGGUAGCAAAGCGAUUGUGUGAUGAGUGGGAUCUCUGACUGUGUCUCCAGGCUGCUCGGCCAACUGCAACGACCUUGGAGUGAAUUGCCUGAGCGUCGUGAUCUGGAGAAAGAUGUGACCAGACGUCGCUGCACUUAAAGGAAGUGGAUUUGCUCCAUCAGUGACGGUUUUGUCCAUCGGCUGGGGAAUCCAGAGGGAAUUUCCAGUCCUGGGAAAACCCUCUCCAACUAAACCAAAAAUAACUGGUUUGAUCCGCCCUACGGGUCCCAAUUUGGAUUCACUGUUAUGAACUUGAGACGUCUCAAACUGACGGGGCCCUCAAACCGCCCCAAUCUGCUGAAUUGAUGUAUUGCUAAACCAUGUUGGUUAUUUGUGGCAUGAUCUACAAAAACGGUAUUUUUUAUAUUCAUGUUCAUAAACUGACUGUAUGAAAACAAUUUCAUACAAAUGUUUGUAGCAUUUAUUUUGAUCAAUGUAUACACUUUUUAAUAGAUGUUCGUACAUUACAUUAUUCAGUAUAAAAACUUGUAAAAUAAAAUUGUUUGACUUCUUUGACUUUA